GUACUGCCGUAUAUUAUUUAUAUGGUCUGUCUUUGAGUGGACUGUUUGUGAUGACAGUGUCAAGUUACGAACCUGCUCGACAGGCUUCCACUCACUCUCUCUGCCCCACCAUUGGAUCGUAAUAAGCACCAUGUGCACUGUAAAAACCAGCCCAGCACGGCAUUCAAACUCACUUCCUGCAUCGCAGACUCUGAGUCUGGUGGGAAAUGACAUCACAGGAUCUGAGUUGGGGCCUGAUGCCAAAAACACCCCAAAAACAGUUCAGGAACAGACGGGUACAGAUACAUUUUGACACCAGCGACAGGUGACAGUCCAGUUGCUGAUGUUACAAAACCGAGGGUGCAGCCAGACUACUAGACUGCUGUCUGAACUGAGGAACUCUAUAGGUAACAAUGAGACAGGCCACAGGACACAGCAGUGACAACCAGAGGAAGAAUGCAACUCAGGCUGGAUCUGUUGUGUUUCUCUCCAACCCUUUGAUGAGUGAUAUUGAGUCAGAUUGGUCCCCCAUUCAUGAUGCAGCCUACAAUGGACGUGUUCUCACACUGAGAAACCUAAUAGCUCAGGGAACGUGUGUCAACCUGGCCACUCUAGAAAGAGUCUCUCCCCUUCAUGGAGCCUGUCUGCAGGGACACACUGCCUGUGCCAAGUUACUGAUAGAAAAUGGGGCAAAUGUGAACGUCCCCACGUUGGAGCAGACCACCCCCCUGUCAGAGGCCUGUGCCCGGGGCCACGUGGCCUGUGUGACCCUGCUCCUCCAGCAUGGAGCCUCACCCGAAGGAUACAGCCUCUCAGCCUCCCCCAUCCACCAGGCCGCAGCCAAAGAUCAGGGGUCAUAUUCUGAAGGACAGACUCCUAAUAGAUAGACAGAUCCUCUGUGGUUAGGGUUGCAAAAUUCUGGGUUUUCUAGAAAUCCUUGUUGGAGGUUACAGAUUUCCGGCUUAAUCUCUUCUGACUCCGGGAAACCCCCAACCGGGAUUUGGGGAAAACCGGGGAAUUUAUUGAAAGUUCCUGGAAUUUUGCAACCCUAUCAGUGGUGUGUCAGCCAAGGCGGUAGCCACGUGAUUAACUGAAGACUGCACUGCAGUUUGUGCCAAAGUAAUAAAGGGAAAACCCUGUAGAGAUGACAAAAUGUUGCCGAAAAUAACAUAAUGAAGGGAUCACGAUGCGUGUUUUUCUUCUCUCAAAGGUUCAUAUACAGUAGCUAUAGCACUUUGACAAAGAUGAAAGUCAAAACGUGUCAGCUUUUAUAAAAUAAAAAAGAGCACCAUUACCUAAGAAUGUACUGUUGUUGCAGUAAUUUAUGGGAGAUGCUGUCAUCUUUCCUUUUUUGUAAUACUUAGGACUAAGAGCAAUUUGUUAAGCCAUGGUCACGUUGAUUUAAUUUGUUAUGUGUAAUGAGAUGUAUCAUUCCCUAGAUUUAGAUACAGUCAGCACUUUUUCAAAGCAGAUCCCACGCACUGUUCUUUAUUCCUUGAAGAUAUCUCUGUUCAGGUCACCCAGAAUGCAUUGAGUCUCAGGUUCAUCACGGGGCAGAUGUUGAUCAACACACUGACCAAUCAGGCUCCCCACUCUACACUGCCUGCACCAAUCAGCAUCUGAGCACUGUGAAGAAAUUGCUUCAGCUAGGUAUGAAAGUGGAUUCUCUUCCAUUUAUCUAGUCUAGAUACUGUAGAAUCUGGACUAGACAUUGACCAGUGUGCUUCUAUCACAAGAUUCUGCUGUAUAUAAUACAUUUUACCAAGAUAGCCACGGCACAUCAAGUACACUACAUGACCAGUAGUGUCGAACGCCUCAUUCCCAAAUCAUGGGCAUUAUCAUGGCGUUAGUCCCCCCUUUGCUGCUAUAAUAGCCUCGACUCUUCUGGGAAGGAUUUCCACUAGAUGUUGGAACAUUGCUGUGGGAACUUGCUUCCAUUGAGACACAAUAGCAUUUGUGAGAUCGGCACUGAUGUUGAACGAUUAGGCCUGACUCGCAGUCGGAAUUCCAAUUCAACACGAAGGUGUUCGAUGGGGUUGAGGUCAGGGUUUUGUGCAGGCCAGUCAAGUUCUUCCACACCGAUCUCAACAAAUAAUUUCUGUAUGGACCUCACUUUGUGCGUGGGGGGGCAUUAUCAUGCUGAAACAGAAAAGGGCCUUCCCAAAACUGUUACCACAGUUUGGGAGUUGUGCAAAGCUGUCAUCAAGGCAAAGGGUGGCUACUUUGAAGAAUCUCAAAUAUAACAUAUAUUUUCAUUUGUUUAACACUUUUUUCCUUACUACAUGAUUCCAUAUGUGUUAUUUAAUAGCUUUGAUGUCUUCACUAUUAUUCUAUAAUGUAGAAAAUAGUACAAAUAAAGAAAAACUCUGGAAUGAGGGUUGACUAGUACUGUAUAGUGUAGGUUGAGGCUUAUUCACCUAAGGCACUCAUAUGACAUUUACUGUGCAUACAAAAUCCAUACAUGUUCCACACAAUAUCCAUAAAUAUACGCUCUUGGUCAGGUGCUAGUGUGAACAGCAGUAAGGAUGGGGACUCUCCUCUGAACACAGCAGCCCGUCUGUCCAACCCUGAGCUGAUGUCUGUUCUGCUGGAGCAUGGAGCUGACUGCAGCAGCAGAGACACACAGGGCAAACAACCCCCGGACCUGGCCUCUUGCAACAGCCCCGUGGAGAAAAUAGUGCUGGGCCACAGAGGAGGUAGCUAGUCCCCCAAUGGAUCUAUCUGAUACACAACAUUUUUCACGUCCUGACCUUAGAGAUCCUUUUUAUGUCUCUAUUUUGGUUUGGUCACGGCGUGAGUUGGGGUGGGCAUUCUGUGUUUUGUGUUUCUAUGAUUUUCUAUGUUUUGGCCAGGUAUGGUUCUCAAUGAGGGACAGCUGUCUAUCGUUGUCUCUGAUUGGAAACCAUACUUAGGUACCCUUUUUCCCACCUGUGUUUGUGGGAAGUUGACUUUGUUUAGGGCACAUAAAGUUUGUGCUUCACGGUUUGGUUUUGUAGUGUUUAUUGUUUUGUUUGGCGUCAUUUUGAGUUAAUAAAGAAAAUGUACGCU